AUGCCCUUUCAGUGCCUGGCCGCCAUGCCACCAAAAGGAAGCACGAGGCAUGAGAUACUGCCAGGUUGCCCAAUGCAGAGGUCGGGUUCAAACUACGGACCUUUCGGUCACCAUCUCGCCCCGUCCGUGGUUGAGGCGAUUUCCAUCGGGUUGCGUAGCCCAUUCAUGUAUUGUCAAAAGCACUGUACCCAAACGGUUCAACUCAAUCUAAAGGUUCAACACAGCCAUCAGGUGGUUGUUGAUCCACAACCGGAAACACCGAACAAAUCUGUGAGACGAGUCAAUACGGGCCGCCAGGCCUGUGAUGAAAAAGUUACACUAGACAAUAAGCUCAGCGCAACACGGGACCAGCAGGAUGGCCCGAUGCGAACCGUACCUUUCGAAAAGUCGGUAGCAGGAAAGAUAUGA